GGCGCGGGUUCCGGCGGGGCUGGCGGGGCGGGCGCCAUGCGGAGCCGCGCCGAGGUGGACGCGACGUUGCAGACGGCCAAGCUGAACCCGGCGGAGCUGCUGCCGGUCGCGCAUUGCCUCAGCUUCGGUCCGCAGGCGGGCGCCGGCGAGUGCUGCCUGCUGCAGCUGGAGCCGGGCCUGUGCGCCGAGCUGGAGGCGGGACGCAGCCUAGUGAUCCGUGGUGAAAAGCAUGAACAAGCAGUGUUGUGCAGCGAAGAUAAAACUUACGAUAUGAAAAUAGCAGAUACCUCAAAUAUGCUGCUGUUUAUCCCUGGCUGCAAAACUCCAGAACAGCUGAAUGCAGAUCAAGCAUCUUGUAAUAUUAUUCAUUCACAGAUUGCUGGCUUCUCCAAUAACUACUGGGAAUUAAGAAGAUGCCGACCUAAACUGAAGAAACUGAGGAAGCUUUUAAUGGAAGAUCCAUAUGAAGGGCCAGAUAGUCAGAAAGAUCAAACAUUUUCAAAGUACACAACAGAAGAUUUGUUAAGUCUGAUUCAAGCAAGUGAAGAAGAAAUAAUGCACCAGCUGCAGGUUUUAGAUGCUUGCAAAAUUGAAGGAUAUUGGAGAAUUCUAGAAUUUGACUAUGAGAUGAAACUCUUGAAUCAUGUGACUCAGCUAAUAGACUCAGAGUCCUGGUCUUUAAGUAAGGUUCCUUUACAUACCUGCCUUGAGGAACUUGGAUCUCUAGAGCCCAGAGAAAUGAUAGAACAUAUUCUUUUAAGCUAUGGAAGGAAAUACAUUGAUGAUGCAGGAGAGGUUUACUUUGAAAUGCAUGAAGAUAAAAUAUGCAGAGCUAUGGCACAGAUGCUUUUGCAAAAUGCCGUUAAAUUCAAUCUAUCAGACUUUCAAGAAGUCUGGCAACAAAGUGUCCCUGAAGGGAUGACAACAAGGCUUGAUCAGCUUAAGGGGUUGGCUCUUGUGGAUAAAAGCUCAAGACCAGAGACCAUCUUUCUGCUGAAAGUAGAAGACUUACCUGAAAACGAUCAGGAAAGAUUUAACAGCUUAUUCAACAUAAGGGAGAAGUGGACAGAAGUGGAUAUUACCCCUUAUAUACAAGACUUAUGUGCAGAGAAGCAGACAGUUGGUGCUCUUCUGACAAAAUACACUCGCUCCUCAAUGCAGAAUGGAGUUAAAGUUUAUAAUUCUAGAAGACCCAUCUCAUAAAUAUUGUUUUAAGAACUGAGAAUACUGAAUGGAAUAACAGUGCAUGUUGCUUCUUCCUGCCUUCUGGGGAAAGGAUUUGUCAGCUGGUAUUAUAUAGUAUUCUUCAUUCUUGAGUUUCAGCAGCAAAGCUUCUUGAACAAGUUUUUUGUUUUCUUCUCAGCUAAGCAGAAUGCAAGGGCACUUGUCUUUCUGCUCAGGAACCCUAGUGUCAGCAGCCCAUGCCUCCUUUCUCUGCAUCUUCUUUUUCCUUUGUGUCUCUAGUUAUGCCAGGAGUCAAGCUGCUUCUUGAAUACACUUGAGCUGUCUAUCCAUGAACUGAAGUCUGUCAUGAAAAAUUAAAACCUCCCUGAUAAUUGAAUCAGUUGAUUUGAACGGUUAAAUGGAGUCCUUAGUCUUCUUCCCAUGAAUGAGCAUUGGCACAAGCUCUUGACACUUUAACACUUGGCAAAAUUACCUUUUAAAUAUUGCAGAUAACCAAAUUGCAAUCAGGUGUGAAGAUACAAGAGAAUAGUUGGACAUGGUGUUAAAAACUUGCUAUAAAUUGCCAUUAGAAUGUAGCUGAUGUAAAAUUAAUGCUUUACAGAAGACUGCCUUUGCUUUUUAAAGAGAGCUUAUAAAACUGUGUGAUAUCAUUAUUUUUUUAAAACUUUGGUAUGGCAAAUAACUGCACAUAGAAACUGUGCCUUGAAAACCUAGGGUGGAAUAUUAUCCUGUGUAGAGCAAUGAAACGGGGCAUUUUAAUGAUAUUGUCAGAAAGUGCCUGAUACUGAAAUGUUGUAAUCAUUAAAAAGGAUUGUUUGUGUUUUUUUCAGUGAACCAGAGUUUAAUAUUAGAUAUUUUUCAGCUAUUUUUUUAACUUAACAAUUUUGAGAGUUUUAUACAAAAAGCAUUUUCUGCAUCAAACUCAGAUGUAAGGUAUGAAAAGCUUCAGAAUUGCUGGCAUGGCAAAUUGCCAGGGUGAGCUGGGAGAGGAAAGAAACUGUAAGUCAAAUGUAACUCUUAAGAUGAAUAUGAGUGUCCUUAGAAUUUUGCUGAAUAAAAACUGCUUCCUGAGGUCUGCUGA